AUGAAUUUAGUGAAAGAGGGUGGUCUGAGAAUGAAAGGGCAUAAAUGGAACCAAAUUUAUGAUGAACAGUUAAUAAAGUUCUUCAGUCUGGGGCACAAAAGCACAAAAUAUCAGUGUAUCCGAACUUGUUUUUGGACUCCUCCAACAAAUGGCUAUAUUCUGUUUUGUUGUGAUGGAUCAUCAUUUGGUAAUCCAGGUGCAACAGGCUUUGGAGUGGUAGUCAGAGAUGAAUAUUGCCAAGUAAUAGGUACUCUAAGUGGUGGUUUGGGUAUGGCAACAAAUUAUAUAGCUGAAAACGAUGUUGUAUUAUGUGCAACAGAAUUAGCUUUGGAAUGGGGUUUAACAAAGAUUAUCAUCAGGUCAGAUUCCAAAACUGUGUUGCAGGAGUUUGAAGCAGAUAAGGUACCAUGGUUUCUCAGAGCAAUAUGGAGGAAAGCAAGAUCAAAAAUUGCUUCUAUAAAAUUUGAACAUUGCUACAGGGAAGUUAAUUUGUCUGCAGAUACAGUGGCUAAGAGAGGGGCUAAUUUGAAGGCAGCUCUUAAUUUGGUUUGUAUUUUGGAUCUUUAA